CAUGCAACCGUCAUCAACAUUUGACAAAUUCUUUCCAUUUAUAGUUUUUGGAUGGUGGUUCUUAGUUAUUAUCGUAAUUGUGAGCGUUAGAAACUUAUACUUUCGAAUUUUUCCGAACGUCAAGUAUGGUUUGCAUUAUAUUCGAGGUUUACCCUUUGUUGGAACAUUUUUCAUAAGUGUAAACAGGCCUCACUUAACUUUGACAAAAUUUGUCAAAAGAUACGGUGCAAUGUAUUGGAUGAAGGUGUUGGGUAAAGAUAUGUUAGUUAUAAGUGAACCAGAAUCUAUUUAUGAGGCAAUGCAUAAUAGUAAACUGGGUGGAAGACCACAUAUAUGGAGAGUUGCUUACGGAUUUCAUUUCCAAAAAGAUAUUAUAUUUGGUGAUGGUCUUCAGAAAUGGGCUUACAUGAAAAAAGUGGCUGCAGCUGCAGUAAGGAAAUUUCAAGAUAAUACCUUAACGUCUGUUGAAGCGAAUACGAAAAAAGAAUUGGAUGAUAUGAUACAAAAUUUUCAAACAUUCGCUUCAAAGAACGUUGCUUUCGAUCCUGCUUUGUUAGUUUUAACCGCUGUCGUGAAUAUUGUAGCAAAAUCUGCAACAAACACCACCUACAGAUAUGAUGACGAACCUAUGAAGAAGUAUAAGAAAGCAACAGAGAUUUUCAGUCAGAUCUGCUCACCUAUUAGAGGAUUUGAACUGGAAAUUUUUCCUCUUCUCCGCCAUCUACCUAUGUUUAAUAUGCCACUAUUAACCGAAGGAAGGGCAAUUAUGGACGAACUGAUUGACACUGAAUUUAGGAAAGUACAAACGAGAUGGGAAAAGGGAAAUCCUAAGUGUUUUCUCGAUUAUUUCUUAGAUGAUCCACAAUUAGAAAAGAAUGACGUUCGAAGCAUUUUUCUUGAUUUAAUCGUAUCAGCAACUUACACAACGUCUAUUGCUCUGAAUUCAUUUCUAUUACUAAUGGCUGUAUACCCGGAAGAACAAGAUAAAUUAAGAACAGUAAUUUAUUCAGCUAUUCAAAAGAAAUGGCCAACUAUUCAAGACAAAGAAAAAAUGAUUUAUGUUCAAGCAACUGUUUUAGAACUAUUAAGAUAUCUGUCUCAUGUACCUUUGAGUUUACCACAUUUGGCAUUGGAAGAUACUGAAAUUUCCGGAUAUUACGUUCCAAAAAAUUCAGAAAUAAUCCUAAAUCUCUGGGCCAUGCAUCAUAAUCCAAAGAUAUUUCCAAAUCCUUGGUCAUUUAAGCCGUCUCGAUUUAUUUCCAAUGGAGUUUUGAUCAACCAUAAAUAUCUAUUACCUUUCGGGGCCGGAAAGCGCCAUUGCUUAGGUGAAUCAUUGGCUAAGGAGAGGCUUUUCAUGUUUUUUGUAGUUCUUCUGCAAAAUUUUGAAAUUUACCAUGACAAUGAUAAUUUUGAUUAUCAAACUUGCGCCGAUCCUAGAUCUUUUCUAUUGGGGAUUAUUCUUCAGCCAGACACCUUUAAAAUCAGAAUGAGAAAGUUACCCGAUGAAUUUUAG